GGAACUUCUGAUGUACAAAUUGGUGGUAAACAAACACAAUUCUUCCUCAAGUGUGAAGCCACUUCAGACAGCGCAGCCGGUGAAGGCGUCUGGGUGGUGAAGUCUCGAGCAGCAGCAGCCGCUGCACCCGCGGGCAGCAGUGGCUCUUCGGCUGCCGGUGCUGCCGUUCCAGUGGAGAAUACUCAACCACAGCAGCAUCCAAAACUCAUGCGCAAACAUAAUGCGCCGAAUAUUUGCGAGCAGGACAAUGACGCCCGUGAAGCCGAUUCGUGUGCUGUUUCGGCCACUUGUUUACAAGCAAGUCAAGAUAUCCCAUCCAGCUAUCUACAGUGUGAUCAA